CAGCAGCAGCAGCAGCAGCAGCGGGGACGGGUGGAGGAGGGCCUGGGAGGUCGGGAAGAUGCCCACUGCGGUGAUGGCGGAAAACUCGCUGGGAUUCAGCAAACUGCUGGAGCAGUGUGAGAUUCAGGAGCUGGAGGCUCCCGGUGGUAUAGCAACACCACAAGUUUAUGGUCAACUGCUUGCUUUAUAUCUCCUACAUAACGAUAUGAAUACUGCACGGUAUCUCUGGAAGAGAAUACCUCAAGCCAUCAAAACUGCUAAUCCUGAGCUUGGUGCAAUUUGGUCUGUGGGGCAGCGUAUCUGGCAAAGAGAUUUUCCUGGCAUUUACACUGUGAUAAGCUCUCAUCAAUGGUCUGACACCAUCCAGCCCAUCAUGGAGGAAUUGAGAGAUGCUACAAGACGACGUGCCUUUGGUCUCGUUGCCCAAGCAUACACAUCAAUUAGUGCUGAUGAUCUUGCUGCUUUUGUGGGACUUCCUGUAGAAGAUGCUGUUAAAGCUGUUUUAGAACAGGGGUGGCAGGCAGAUCCAUCCACACGAAUGGUUGUACCCAAAAAGGCAGAACCUCCCCCAGUACCACAGAUUCCUAAUGAACAACAGUUGGCCAGACUGACUGACUACGUGGCCUUCCUUGAGAACUGACAAACUACCACUAUCGUGUGUGUGUGUGUGUGUAAGAGAGAGAGAUGAACUCAGGCUGUCAGUUUCUUGUUUCGUGAAUGACAAAGACCAGUGGAAUUUUGCUUAUAGUAACCUUGUCGAAAAGGAGACUCUUGAAGUUGCUUUUGAAUGUUCUUGUAAAUAUCAAUGUCACCAAAUUAAAAAAAAACCCUCUCUAGGGAUAUCUAGCA